AUGCCUGAAGAAGACAAGUACGAUGUGCUCGAGAAGAUUGGGCAUGGCUCCUUUGGUGUCAUUCGCAAGGUCAAACGCAAGUCUGAUGGCUACAUUCUCUGCCGGAAAGAGAUCAGCUACCUCAAAAUGUCCCAGAAAGAGCGCGAACAAUUGCAGGCCGAACUGUCUAUCCUGAAAGAGCUGCGACACCCCAAUAUCGUCGCCUACUUCGAACGCGACCAUAUCAAGGCAUCCCAAGACCUCCACCUCUACAUGGAAUACUGCGGCAACGGCGACCUCGGCCGUGUCAUCCGCGACCUCAAGAAUAAAAACCAAAUGUGCGAUGAGGAAUUUGUAUGGAGCAUCUUCAGCCAGAUCGUCAGCGCUCUGUACCGCUGCCACUAUGGCGAAGACCCGCCCGCGGCCGGCCGCAAUGUAAUGGGACUCGUAGGCAACGCGAAGCCUGCUCGUGACCCGCGAAAACCCAUGAUCCUUCACCGCGAUCUGAAGCCUGAGAACAUCUUCCUUGGUGACGAUAACUCUGUCAAGCUUGGCGACUUUGGUCUUUCCAAGAUUCUCCAAUCCCACGACUUCGCAUCAACCUACGUAGGAACACCAUUUUACAUGUCUCCCGAGAUCUGCAAGGCCGAACAAUAUGGACCCCACUCCGACAUUUGGGCAUUGGGGUGCAUUAUAUACGAAAUGUGCACCAAGUCCCCACCCUUUAAUGCGAAGACCCAUUUCGAAUUGAUCUCCAAGAUCAAGUUGGGACGCUACCCCGACAUACCGUCUUGCUACUCGGCUGAACUGCGAAAGGUGAUUGCCAGCUGUCUGAACACGACCCCGGAUCAUCGACCAGACACGGCUGCGCUUCUCAACCUGCCCAUCGUAAAACUCAUGAGGAAGGAACAAGAGGUUGUAAAAUUGGGCCAGGACCUGAAAGAACAGAGGAUGCUUACGGCGAAGCGUGAGAGGGAGGCCAGUGAGGCCAUCUCGCGGAUACGCAAGGAGCUCGACGACCAACUUCGCCGUGAAUGGGAAGUAAAGGCACAAUUGGAAAUUGAGCGGCAAGUAAAGCUGCAAACGGACCUGCGGGUUCAGAAAGAGUUGGCGCAUCUCCAGGCCACUUUUGAAGGCGAGGUCAACCGAAGGGUGGAGAGGGCCCUCAAGAUGUAUCCUGCCCGGCUGAGCACAUCGCCAAAGCUCGCGCCUCGAUCCAACACACCAGUCAUGUCGGCCACAGAACCCGCUGCUUUGUUCCCGGCCGAUAAUGAAGCCCCCGUUGCGCAUGGGUCACAGAGCACGCUCAACACCGACUCAGAAUUUGCAAGCGGAACGGAUCUCUCGUCGCUUUCCCUGGAUGACAACACGGAAGAGGUCACAAUCGCACCCAAGCAAAAGGCCAAGCGACCGUCUCGCGGCCCUCUUGUUCGCGCACGCACAAUGUACACCCAGCCUUCUACAAUGCAAGUUCCAGACUCGCCCAUGGACGUACAAAUGGCCGAGCCAUCCCCAGCACCGCCAUCCCUCAAGGGCCUAUCACUUUCGCCUCGUCGCAACCAUCAACCCAAACAGAACAUUUUUGCUGCCGCCAAGGAGAAUGCACGAAAAUGGGACGCCGAUGUUCCUCCGUCACCAACGGCAUCUGAAUGGAACGCUGAUUUCGAUGACGACGACGACGAUCUCCCUGUGCUACCCUCCCCAACACGAGCACGCAGUGCGUCUGGCGGUCGUUCUAUGAGUGAUGACCCAUUCAAGGUACUCGCGAAUGCUCAAGCACCACUAUUGAAGGCCAAUGCCCGUCUUGGAAGCACGCCCAAUCUCCUUGGUCCUAGGACUACUAAGCCCCGCCCUGUUUCCGCCGUACCCAUCGUCGCCGCUUCUCCAUCCCGACAAAAGGCCAAGUCCGCGGAAAACGUCACAUCAUCGCCACGCAAGACAGGUGCCGCAGCCAAAUCCGCACCAUUCGCUGGUCUCCCAUCCAAGAAGGGCAACGAGGCGUUCCGUGUACAGGCGAUGCGCAACAAUGGCGGAGUCCAGGGCCGCACACUUGUCGAGCUCCAGCAAGCGCGUGGCAUCCCCGUCCACACCAUGAGCGAAGACGAAGGUGUCGCAAAGAAGAACUUUGGCUUUGGAACUCGCCGUAGUCCCGCCAAGCAACGCGCCGGUGGCAUCAGCCCACCAGCUGUCUGGGACCCAGAGACGGAGCCGGAAAUGCCAUCCCCUUUUAUUGUCCGCAGCAAACGCAUGGUCCGAUAG